AUGACUUCAAACGGUGAUAACAGUGUUGUUGUGAACACUACUUCUGGUCGAGUGAGGGGACAGACUAUUCAAGUGUUGGACACCAGUGUUGACCAGUUUCUGAACAUACCGUUCGCCGAACCACCGGUCGGUGCCCUUAGAUUCGCAAAACCAGUUCCCAUUCAAAAGCCAUUUGAUGGUAUUAUGGAUGGCACCAAAAUGGGCAAUGCCUGUCCACAAAGGGCUUCCGCGUACUCACAAAAUACGUACGUUGAGGACGAAGACUGUUUAGUACUAAACAUAUGGACACCAAAUGUGGGAAACAAUAGCUCAUCGAAACAAUCAUCUCUAAAACCAGUCAUGUUUUGGAUAUAUGGCGGGGGAUUAGCUACCGGGUCCAUCUCAAAGUUUAACGGCGGACCACUGGCUACACAUGACAUCGUGUUUGUGGCCGCAAACUAUAGAUUAGGUCCCUUAGGCUUCCUAUAUGGAGAUCGGGAGGACGCGCCCGGAAAUCAGGGUUUUUAUGACCAGUUAUUAGCUCUCAAAUGGGUGAGAGAUAAUAUUCAUGCUUUUGGUGGGGAUAGGGAUGAGAUCACUAUAUUUGGUGGCAGCGCCGGCAGUUGGUCCAUAUCGGCGCACAUAUUGUCUCCCCUAUCAAAGGGUCUGUUUAAGAGGGCUAUUAUGCAAAGCGGGGCCCAUUUGUAUAAUAAGGACAGGGAUGUGAUCACUAAAUCUGAAGCCUUAGCUCAGGCCAAAGGAUUAGCUAAACAACUGAAAUGCAGUGAAUCUGAGGAUUGGUUAGAGUUCCUGAGAAAAGUUGACGCAAAACAGUUGGUUAAGUACGCAAACCCAACCAACUUUCCACUGGUGGGCACAGAAUACCUGCCCUUACCUACACAACAGGCACUCCGAGAUAAACUAUACUAUUCAGGCAUUGAUUUAAUGGCCGGUUGUAUAUCAAACGAGGGAUCAGUACUGUCCAGAGGUAUACUCCCAGCCAAGGAUGACCUGACUUUGGAUGACUUUAAGACAUCCGUUAAUAUAGUAAACCAAAUAUUUAAGGACAUAGACGUGGAAAAGGUGGUCAACUAUUAUGUCAAAAAUGGCGACACAAGUAGUUCUCUGGCUCUGAGACGAGGGUUUUAUGACUUUUUUGGUGAUAUAAUCAUGAAAUUGCCGACAUUUCUAUUCGCCAAACAAUUUGCCACAAAUGGCCGAAAUAGUGGCAAAAAUGUCUACUUUUAUGAAUUGACUUUUCAGAGCAAGUCGUUCGCAGAGAUGUAUAAAUGUAAUGAUGAGAUCUCGGGCAUAGGCCACGGCAUGGAAAUACCGUUUGUGUUUGGCGUGCCUUUCAUACCCGGCCAACAAAUGCCGUUCACCGACACGGAGAGACAGUUCAGUCGGGAUAUCAUGAAAAUGUGGACUAAUUUCGCUAAAUAUGGUACUCCGGACCCAAAUUGGCCGCAAUUAUUGAGUGACGAAAAUGUGCCAAAAGUUAAGAAUUUAAAUCCCAACCCAAUGGGUCGACUCCAUGCCCAGUCUGAGGUGACUUACCCUGGUAUCGGUCACUUUACCACCAAUGAUUACAAGGACCCAACCCUACGGCCAAAAGUGGUGUUACCGCAAAGCCCUCAACAAAUGAACACCAGAUUCCUAUUGUAUAGCCGACAGAACCCCAGUAUGGCUCAAGUGCUCACUCAGGGCAACAGCCGGUCCAUCGGGAACUCCAACUUUGUGAGCACUCGGAUCACAAAAUUUAUUGUUCACGGAUUUACGGACAACCAGUUGUUUGUGAAAUGGAUGAACCAAAUGAAAGACCAGUUUCUGAAUGCCGGUGACUAUAAUGUGUUUGUUGUGGACUGGAGUGGCGGCAAUGGAUGGCCUUACGAACAGAGCACUUCAGGUCUAGAUCUAAAUGAUGUGCAUAUUGUGGGCCAUUCAUUAGGUGCCCAUAUUGGUGGCUAUGCGGGACAGACACUAAAUGGACAGUUGGGUCGUAUCACUGGUUUAGAUCCAUCAGGUCCAGAUUUCGAUGGCUUACCCUCGUCAGCUAAAUUAGACCCAACAGAUGUAAAGCUACUAAUUUGCAAAUGUUAA